GAAUGUGUUGGACGGCAUCAGACAAGUUCAAGUUUUCGAACCUAAAGCACCAGAUCCAUAAUCAAAAUGUUCAAAUCCGCCGUCGUCGUUCUCGCUCUCGUCGCCUGCGCUGCUGCCAAGCCUGGACUCCUGGGUGCUCCCCUGGCAUACACUGCUCCUCUGGCUUACUCUGCUCCUCUGGCCUACUCUGCUCCUGCUGCCGUGGUAGCUGCUCCCGCUCCAGUUGUGACCGCCACCAGUAGCCAGGUGAUCGCCAGGAACUACAAUGGAAUCGCCGCUGCUCCUGUGAUUGCUCCCGUUGGUGCUCCUCUGGCUGCUCCAGUAGUGGCCAAGUACGCGGCUGCUCCUCUGGCUGCUCCAGUAGUGGCCAAGUACGCGGCCGCUCCUGUGGCUGCACCUCUGGCCUACUCCUCGCCAUUGGCUUACUCCGCACCACUGAGCUACGCCGCUGCUCCUGCACCAUUUGCCGUCCUUGCCUUGUCUAUCGUGGCCUGCAUCCCUGCCAAGCCUGGACUCCUUGGUGCGCCUUUGGCCUACACUGUUGACGUGGCUUACUCUCCUCCUCUGACUCACUCUGAUCCCGCUGUCGUGGUAGCCGCUCUCGCUCUGGGUGUGACCGCUGCCAGUAGUCAAGUUACCACUCGGAACUACAAUGGCAUCGCUCAUGCUCUUCGGCGUAGCUCAGUGGUGCGGAGUAAGCCAAUGGCGAGGAGUAGGCCAGUGGUGCAGACAGAGGAGCAGCCACGUACUUGGCCACUACUGGAGCAGCAACGGGAGCAAUCACAGGAGCAGCGGCGAUCCCAUUGUAGUUCCUGGCGAUCACCUGGCUACUGGUGGCGGUCACAACUGGAGCGGGAGCAGCUACCACGGCAGCAGGAGCAGAGUAGGCCAGAGGAGCAGAGAAUGCGUGCGAUCAUGAGUCAGAGCACACAUUCGGGUAUAAAUAUGCUCCACGCAGAGCAGUGGUAUAUCAAACAGUUUCUAGCCUUCCAAAGAAGCAAGACAACGAAAUAUUCCACCAUGUUCAAAUACGCCGUCGUCGUUCUCGUUCUCGUUGCCUGCGCUGCUGCCAAGCCUGGACUCCUGGGUGCUCCCCUGGCAUACACUGCUCCUCUGGCUUACUCUGCUCCUCUGGCCUACUCUGCUCCUGCUGCCGUGGUAGCUGCUCCCGCUCCAGUUGUGACCGCCACCAGUAGCCAGGUGAUCGCCAGGAACUACAAUGGAAUCGCCGCUGCUCCUGUGAUUGCUCCCGUUGCUGCUCCUCUGGCUGCUCCACUGGUGGCCAAGUACUCGGCUGCUCCUCUGGCUGCUCCAGUAGUGGCCAAGUACGCGGCCGCUCCUCUGGCUGCACCUCUGGCCUACUCCUCGCCAUUGGCUUACUCCGCACCACUGAGCUACGCCGCUGCUCCUGCACCAUUUCUCAUCUAAAUGUUUACGCUGUGAUUAUCUAGGACGAUAAAUAUAUUAUGAAUAUAUAUAAACGCUUAUAUCGAUUA